AUGGCUCUGACGAAAGGCCUGGAGGUCAUAUUGGCGCAGCUUGAUGCUACUAAGACGAAGCAUUGUGCUCAGUUUGUAGAGCAUGAACAAGCCAAUACUGAUUACCUCGUUGUCAUUGUCUAUGAAUGCUGUUUCUCUGCGUAUAUGACCAAGCUCAAGCUUCUGUUAGGUAUUUACAGUACUAGAAAUAAUAUGAAACAUUACAACGACGACCUCAUGUUUGAAAAGAAUAUAGGAAAACAUACAAGCAUAGGCGAAUCAAAACGUUCAAUAGACAAAGACAGAAAGAGGAAAAUCCAAAAUCAAUUGGUGGUAAUGUUCCAAGCUCACGGAGUCAUAAACGAAGAAAAUUAUUACAAUUUCAAUGUCACUGACAGCAUGGUCUUUCAUUUUGUUAUUUCAAUAGAACGGUUUGGUGCCAAAACCAGUCAGCUCAAUUCUUUACAGAAUUUUGUGUAA